CGCUUCCAUCUGUGAAUCAUAUCAAUUUCAAACAGUGACUUGUUACUCUUUUCCUUCAAAGUUAUAAGCUCAGCAUCUUCCCACUUAAACUCUUCCAAUUCUUUUAUUCCUAUCAUUCUUGGACCUGAAGUCUUAUAAACUAACUUAUUAUGUCCCAAAAAAUCGCUAUUCUCUCCGUCUACGAUAAGACUGGUCUUGUAGACUUUGCAAAGGAACUCAACGCUUUGAAUUUUCGAUUGUUAGGUUCAGGUGGAACUGCAAAACUUGUUCGUGAGGCAGGCAUUCCCAUAAACGACGUUUCUGAUAUUACAAAAGCACCUGAGAUUUUGGGUGGUCGCGUCAAAACAUUACACCCAGCUGUUCAUGGUGGUAUUUUGGCUCGUAAUAUUGAAAGCGAUGAGAAAGACCUUGCCCAGCAAAAUAUUGAAAAAGUAGACAUCGUUGUUUGUAACCUUUACCCUUUCAAAGAAACAAUUGCCAAGCCCGAUGUAACAAUUCCGCAAGCUGUCGAAGAAAUUGAUAUCGGUGGCGUUACAUUAUUGAGAGCUGCCGCUAAGAAUCAUGCUCGUGUUUGCAUUUUAUCUGAUCCAAGCGAUUAUGCAAAGGUAAUUGAGGAAUUGAAGCUAGGCGAAGUUUCUCAAGAAACCCGUAAUCAGCUAGCUUUAAAGGCAUUCAGUCAUACUGCCGAUUAUGAUACUGCUAUUUCAGAUUAUUUCCGCCGCCAAUAUGCUGCGAAUCAGGCAAUGAUGCCUCUCCGUUAUGGUGCCAAUCCUCAUCAAGCUCCUGCUCAAAUAUUUGCUAAAGAAGGUCAAUUACCCGUCGAAGUUUUAGGCGGUUCACCUGGUUAUAUCAACUUUUUAGAUGCUUUAAAUUCUUGGGCAUUGGUUAAAGAAUUGAAGGAAGCCACAGGCGUCGCCGCUGCUGCUUCUUUUAAGCACGUUUCUCCUGCCGGUGCUGCUAUUGGUCUUCCUCUUAACGAAGUGGAUCGAAGAGUUUACCAAGUCGACGAUUUGAAGAUUCCUUUAACACCUUUGGCUAAUGCGUAUGCUCGUGCUCGUGGCGCUGACCGUAUGUCAUCAUUUGGUGAUUUUAUUGCCCUUUCCGAUAAAGUUGAUCUUGCUACUGCUAAAAUCAUUUCACGUGAAGUCUCUGAUGGUGUUAUUGCCCCUGAUUACGAUGCUGAUGCUCUCGAGAUUUUGAAGGCCAAAAAGGGUGGUAAAUACUGUGUGCUCAAGAUGGAUCCUAACUACGAACCUGAGGAACAAGAAAUCAGACAAGUUUAUGGCUUAUUCUUGGAGCAAAAGAGAAAUAACUACAAGAUUGAUUCCUCUCUUUUCAACAAUAUUGUAUCCAAAAACAAAAAUCUAUCCAAAGAAGCCAUCAAUGAUUUAAUUGUUGCUACUAUUGCUCUCAAAUAUACCCAAUCAAACUCCGUUUGUUAUGCAAAGAAUGGUAUGGUUAUCGGUCUCGGUGCUGGUCAGCAAUCACGUAUUCACUGUACCAGACUUGCUGGUGAUAAGGCUGAUAACUGGUGGUUGCGCCAUCAUCCCAAGGUUCUUGCUUUCGACUUCAAGAAGGGCACCAAGCGUGCAGACAAAUCUAAUGCUAUCGAUCUCUAUGUUACAAAUCAAAUUGGCGAGGGUGUUGAGCGUGAAGCUUGGGAGGCAAAUUUCGCUACAAUCCCUGAACCCUUAACCGCCGAAGAACGCAAAGAAUGGAUGAAUAAAUUGAGUGAUACAGUCGUAUCUUCUGACGCUUUCUUCCCCUUCUCUGAUAACAUAUAUCGUGCCCAGCGUUCCGGUGUCAAAUAUAUUGCAGCUCCUUCAGGCUCCGUUCAAGAUGAAGCUGUUAUUUCCGCUGCUGAUGCUAAUGAUAUGGUUCUGGUUCAUACCAAAUUAAGACUUUUCCAUCACUAAUUUCUGUCUUAUCUAUCCGUUAUAUUAUUAGUAGUGUACAAUAAAAGCAUUUAAUUGUUUGUUCAGUUAUUCGGCUGUCUGCUUUAUUACAAAAUUAACAGGAACAGGAAAUUGUGAGGCACAAUA